CACGAAACCUGUAUGAUAUAAACAGCAAAGAUAUUUUCAAAGGAACAAAGAGAUCUGAGGCUGAGAAACACUUGUCUGUAUUUGAUCAGGGUGGCAUCAAAAUAUUCUUCACAGGAAAACGUUCCUCUUCAGAUUUUUCUGUAUCCUUCUUCAGCGCUCCAAAAAGGUUUCACCAUUUUUCCAUCAUGACUGCAUUCAUCAAUGGGAAAAAAAUCACAACCAAAAGACAUCUUGAGAAUGAAAGCAAGUACUUGGAAGUAGAAGAGGACGGGAAGACGGUAUCUAUCCAUGUUAAUGGCAUACCUGUUUAUGAUAGAAACAAUAAUGGAGCAAAAGGAAAUGAAUGGAAUUACAAGUUGGACAAGAGGCACCAGUGCCCACAGAAGAACAGAAUCUGGACAUGUGAAAAGCGUCGGUGGGCCAACGAAUGGCGCCGCUGGGCAGAAAAAUGGCGAAACUGGGCAGAAGAGUGCCGUAACUGGGCUGAAGAGAGCUAUCACCAAGAAGAUAAGAGUUGUUCUACGUCUGCUGCUAGGAAUUGCCAGAAAGAUACACGGUAUCCAAAGGUCAACGAGGAACAUUCAAAUUCAGACAAGGGUUGCCCCAGGCCAGGAAGGAGGCAUCCACCAUUUUCCAAGCCAGGGGAAGGGAAACCUGAUCUAAAUCAGAGGCAAUGCAAGACAAAUAAGGGACAACCUUGGCCAGAGGAGAAACUCACCAGCCCAGAAAAGGGAUAUUUUGUGUUUCCUAAGCCUGGUGAAAAUAAUUCUGGUAUGGAUGAAACACAUGUCAGGAAAAACAAAAAGCAACAUAGACCAGAGACAAAACAUCCUGUGUCAGACAAGGACGACCCUGGAUUUUCUAAGCCAGGGGAGGGACAUGCUGACCAGGACGUCAGGACAAACAAGGGACAACCUAAGCCAGAUGAGGGAUGUUCCCAGGAAGACAAGGAGCAUCAUGGAUUUCAGAGGCCAGAUCAAGAGACUUGCGCUCACAAGAAAUCUAGCCCUGUUCAUACUGAAACAAAAGAUGAAACAAAAGAUGGUCACAUGUCCAUGUCUAUGAAACAAAAGAUGGUUACUGGAUGCAGUUCACAAGCUGGAAAUAAAAAAGCUCCUGUCGGGAUACAUGACCAACAGUCUGAAGAAAGCAAGCAACGAAGCAUGAGAAGUGAAGGCCCUCUUGGAAAAAAUGAGCAGAAGAAUGCAAAGUUGGAACAGCAAUGUGAAAAUGGAGAGUCUACAUUGAAGUCUGGACAAGAGAAGAGAACAGAAUUGCACGAUGUGACAAAAAAGGCUUCUGCGUGUGCUAAGCAGGCUUCCAAACCACAGCUGACUACCUGUGGUGCUAAAGGGCCACCACUGAAAAAGAAAGAGUCCCCAGUUCGGAUGAGAAAGCCAUGUGCCAAAUGGACCAGAUCUCAGACUGGGCGAAGAAAGCUGUAUACCAGGAGGAACAUAUCCCAAGCAGGGCAGAAUAGAAUGCCUGAUGAGCACAGUAAGGCAGGUGUUGAGUGGAAUGGCCCCUGUACUAAAAGCAAGGAGGUGGCUUCAGAAAGGAAGAAGAUACCUGUAGGUUGCAAGCAAGGACCACCAAAUAGGAAAAAGUGUCAUCUUCCACCUCUCCAAGAACUUUCUCUCCUGGCCAAAAAGAAACUGCUCAGGAGAAGGGUUUAUCACCUGCCACCUGAAACAAAGGAUGAAAAGCACCCAUUAAUCACGGAAACUAAUCUCUUCCUGAACACAAACAGCCAGCAGAGAGGGAGACUGAUUAAACUGCCCAGGAACAUUUCACACCUCCCAAGUAUUCAAGGCCAGAAGUUUCAAACAAAUCAGUCCCCAAAUCUAAUUCAUUGA